CAUGCCUGUGAUUGGCGAACAACUCAUCUUUAAAUCUGUCGGCGGAUACGGGAGGUUGGGGUUGCAAAACAGACAAUAAAAAAGACCGCAACAUGUCGACAGCAGACGCUGAUUUUCUACGUGAUCAAGUUCAAAGGCUAAACUCAGCUCUUAGACAGUAUCAGGUGGAUGGACUGCGCUCCCAACCCACAACAUCUGCUCAGGGUGAGGAAGAUGCUGGAAGGGCAGAGUCCCCUGCCCUGUGGCUAUCAGAUAGGAGUAUCAUGGCCCCACUGAUAGCAGAGUAUGAUCAUCAUAUGGAGGAGAUGAACGAUCAGCUACAGAGAUACCAGAUGCAGAUGACAGAUGUCAAACUGAAGCUGGAGAGGGUUGUAAAGGAGAAUGAACGACUGCAUGCUGAAUUGAGGGAGCAGGUGGAGAGGCAGCUGCAGGCCCUACCUGUCGGGCUGGAGGGGGACACCCCUGGGGAGGAGGGCCUGGUCAAGAACCUACAGGAACAGAUUCACCUCUCCGUACAGGAGAGAGAGCAGGCCAUGGAGCUGUGGCAGACAGCAUCCCAGGAGCUGGACAGACUACAGCAGCUGUACCAGAAGACCCUCUCUGAUGGUCAGCACCAGGGCGUUGAGCGACAGCAUCUCAAGGAUCAGCUGAUCCAGUUCCAACAGCACACCCAGAAACUCCAAGUGGCCAAUCAGAAACUAGAAUCAACCAACCAGCAGUUUGUGAAGACGGUGACGGAACAGGGCACAGAGAUGGAGGAGUUACGCAUCCAGCUCAGGCAGACAAAGGCUGAUCUGCGAACAGCUACAGCCAAAGUGGAGGAGAUGACCAAGCUAAUGCAGAACGUACAGGACCAGAUGCAGAGAAGGGAUGCCGAUGCCGUGGAGGCUCAUGGGAGAGAGGAGGCCUCAGACCGGAGGCUCCAGCAGCUCCAGUCGGCCCUGGGCCAGUUGGAAGCCAGGUUGAAGGCGUCCUCCCAGGAGACGGAGGCCCUGCGCAGGGAGCGGGGGGCGUGGGAGCGCCAGGUGGGGGAGCUGCAGGGCCGCAGCGCCUCCCUGGAGGAGGAGAGGUACGAGGCCCUGGCCAAGGUCCGGGACUCCAUCCAGCUGGCUGAAGAGGCCACGCUGAACAAAGACCAGGCCCUGUUGAGAGAGAAGCAGAAAGCUGAUGAGCUGGAGAAAGUGAAGGAGGCCAUCAAACAGCUGAUUCAGGACGCAGCCGUACGCACCAGGAAAGAGGUGGAGAACGUACGUAAGCAGUGUAACGUCCAGAUCCAUGGCAUGGCCGAGGAGCUCUCUGCACUACAGCUGGAGUGCGCCGACAAGGAGUCUCAGAUAGAACGGUCGCUCAGAGAGAGGAGAGCCGUGGAGGAGGAGCUAGAGAAGGUGUACAAGGAGGGCCGCGGAGAGCCCGAGUACAGGAAGAUGGACGCCCUGCUCCAGAGGUGUCUGAACGCGGAGAGGAUGAAGGACGACGUGAACAUCACCCUGCAGAGCACCCUGAACAAGCUGAAGAAGAUGGAGAUGGAGUACGGCGAGGAGCUCUCCCGGGGCCAGGAGGAGGUGCGCAGGCUGCAGACGGCGUUGGCCGCCGUGCGGGAGGACUGCGCCGGCGUCAGCGAGGAGCGUCUGCAGCUGCAGCAGGAGAGCCUGCAGCUGCGCCGGGACAUGGACGAGCUGCGCAAGAGCAGCCUGCAGGCCCAGAGACGGGCCAAGCAGGAGGUGUCCCAGAUGGAGCAGGAGUACUUGAUGAAGGAGCAGGGUCUGGACGCGCGGCUCCGGGAGGUGGAAGAGAGCAGCCAGAUGUCCAGCGCUGACCUGACACGCCUGCUGGCAGCCCAGCAGAAGAGCUCCCGGCGCUGGAAGGAGGAGGCGAAGGCCCUGGCCCAGGCCUUUGAGACUAAGCUUACCAGCCUCAGGGCUGAGCUAAACCGACAGAAGCAACGCUCUCAGGAACUGGAGACACAACUGGAGGCGGACCAUGAGGCCAUCGCAGAGUACGAGAGACAGAUUGCAGAGCACCAGGAGAAGAAUGGCCGUCUCCAGAGGCGUUUAACACAGGCGGAGCAGAGGGCAACCUCCGUAGCACAACAACUGAACAUGCUGACCUCACAGAGGAGGAAAACGGCGUCCACCAUGGAUCUGGAGACUAUAUGACCGCCAUUGUAACUACCAGAAACCAUAGUAACUGCACUAUAUGAUCCAUUUAUAGCUUACUGUACAAUUUUUUACAUUUGAUUGAU